UGUGAUACAUGCAGUAACUCUUAAUGACAUGGACUGUGGCCAUUUCUUUACUUUAACCACUCGACACAUGAAGAUUAAACGAGACUCUGGUUAUGGUUUUGGAUUUGUGGCAGGUGGUGAGAAGCCUGUGAUAGUGCGAGCAGUAGCACCAGGCGGUCCAUCGGAGAGCAGACUCAUCCCAGGCGAUCAGAUUCUAGCCAUAAAUGAUGAGUGCGUCAGCAUUGCCCCGAGGGAAAGAACUCUGGAGCUCUUGCGAAAUGGCAAGGAUUCCAUUAUUCUGACUGUCCUUCAGACUUAUCAAUCUCCAAAAUCUGCCUUUAUCAGUGCCGCCAAGAAAGCACAGCUUCGGACAAACCCUGUCAAAGUGCGGUUUUCCGAAGAGGUUACAGUCAAUGGAAAUAAUUCUGACCCUAUGAAAGAGGAAACUCUAAUGUUGAUCUCAAACGUGCUGAAUGUGUAUCUGGAAAACGGUCAGAUGAAAUCGUUCACCUUUGAUAGUAGAACAACUGUGAGGGACGUGAUUCUCACGCUACAGGAAAGGUUGUCUCUCAGGUGCAUAGAACACUUUGCACUGGUGCUGGAGGUGGGCAAUGAAGGUCCAGAGAAGAAACUUCUGCUGCUGCUUGAGGCAGAGACUUUGAUACAGGUUGUGCAACGUAGCCAUUUUAACACCAUGAAAUGCAUCCUCAGGAUCACCUUUUUUCCAAAGGACCCAGUUGACCUACUGAGGAGGGAUCCAGUGGCAUUUGACUACUUGUAUGCUCAGAGCUGCAGUGAUGUGAUGAAAGAACGUUUCAGUGGUGACUUGGCGGAAAACAUAAUGCUACAAUUGACUGCAUUACAUAUCUAUAUCACAAUCUCUACUGCAAGAACCAAUCAGAAGAUUACGCUCAGAAAUGUUGAAAAGGAAUGGGGUCUUGAGCUAUUCCUGCCAUCAUCUCUUCUGACGUACAUAAAGGAAAAACAUGCACGGAAAAUCCUCUCGCAUCAUCUCAAAGCAACACAAGCCCCAGGUCCUUUAGGCAAAAAGAUCUCGACAGUCCAAGCCAAACUGCAGUAUCUGCGAAUCCUGAAUGAGCUCCCAUUGUAUCCUGGAGGACUAUUUAACUCCGUUGUUCUGGACGCAAAGCAAUCAGAAAUGACUUUGCUAGUUGGGCCACAGCACGGCAUCAGCCACGUUAUAGACCUGAAAACAAAUCUCACCACCAUCUUGGCAGAGUUCGGAUGCGUGAAUCGAAUUCAGUUGUUCAAAGAGAAGGAGAACGUGGCUCGGGUUGAGCUAACCAUAUCAGAAGCUAAGCCUAUUGUGUUGCUGAUGGAGUCAACAGAAGCUGUAAAUUUUGCUUGCCUGAUAGCAGGUUAUUACAGAUUAUUCAUUGACGCAAAGAAGAUCAUAUUUUGUAGCGCCAAUGUGCAGCCUCAAGCGAACAAGGCAGGUAUGCUUGACUACAGAAAUAUACCGAACAUUCUGCAACCAGAAUGGACUAUUUCGUCGUCAGGUCCCAUUCUAAGCCCCGAGGGAAGAGGUACAAGUUGUCCUCACAAUCUGCCACACCACAGUGAGUCUCAGACUGCAUGUAAUCUGAUGCCAAACACCUCAGAGUCCAAUCUGGUAAGAUAUCACUUUUUACAAAUGCAAGAAAGAAGAAAGGAAUUUGAAAAUCAAAUCAAUAUUAAUAAAAACUUCAUCUUUUUUGAGGAGUCAAGACCAAGGACAAAGUCUGAUCCCACACCAAAUACAUCAAAAAUGAGGCAAAGCAACUCUGACAUCAUGAGUCUUUCAGGGCAGCAAGGAUUUCUGAGUAGGGGGAGAGCAAACACAAUGGACAGCCAGAUGAAAAUGGCAAUUGCUUAUACCACAGACCAUCACAAUUGUAUCUGUCCGAAAAUACCAAUGCAGCUAACAAGAGUUAAUAGUGCAAAGAUCCUCCCUAUAAUAAUCAAAGAAAAUGACGAAUUGCUUUGUGAUGCCUGUAAGGUCAAAAUGAGAGGCAAUAUUAUUCCUAGAGGAAGCAGUACAGAAAAGUGUUUAAACUCUUGCAAUUAUCGGGAUGAUGUGGUUGAUCUAACAACUCUCCCCCUGCCGGGAAACGAUGAAGACCAUGAAGGAGAAGAGUAUCAUUCUCUACUUCCCACGUUGGCAGCUCCUCCACCUGGUUUCAGGGAUAACAGUUCAGAUGAGGAUGACUCGAAGAGAAGAACCAGUCAAAGCUUAGCUUCUAGUCGACAACCUUGUGAUAUACACUUCAAUGAUAUAUCAGUGUCACUAAUUGAUGGUGUUCAAACAAGGACUGUCAAACACCAUGCCCGGGAACUUGAUGAUGCCCUGGUUUCCACACUCCAGGCCCUGGAAGCUUUAGCUGCAGCUGAAGAAUGUCCACGUAGUCAACCACAAGAAGGUUCAGGUUUGAUUGUAUUGGCAGCUAUGACACCAGAGUCAUCACUGGAUUCUGGCCAUGAAACAAAUUCUUCAGAAAUGACAGACAUCUCUGAAAUGGUCUCAGCGAUAAAGCAACGUCAUUUACUUGCUUAUCAGGGAAACAAAACUGGUCUAAUUAUGAAAAAAGAUUUUCCCUUGAGUGCUGUAAGAUGUUGUGCACAAGCUGCUUUCAGAGGAGUUCCUUGUCCAAAGAGAUAUUAUGAAGAAGCAAACACGUUAUCUGCAGUUGCUUCACCUACGCAAAAUAACUUAUCUAGUUCCAUUAGGCUAAAACCUGGUCACACGACUGGAUUUUGCACGGUUCACAUGAGACCUCAGGUAUUUGCUCAUUCUAAUGAAACUACAAGCAGGCCAGAAAAUGUUACUUUAAUGCCUGUUCUUCAACAGAAUUGUCCAACCUGUCCAAAAUCAGCUGAAGACCAGAUGCCCAAGCAACAAACAAUUCAACCCAAAGAGUUUUCCAAAAGCCUGACAUGUCCAGAUGAGAUAGCAAAUCAGAAUGAAGAAAAAUCGUCAUUUUUUCAUAUAGAAGAUGAAAGAACAUGUAGUAAGCAGUUAAUGAAUAGAAGAAACUCUGAAAAUAGCCCCAGAAUCAUAAGCCCGGAAAUCCACCAAGAAAAUUCAUCAAGCUAUGUCUCAACAAACAAUACUUCUCCAGUUUGUAGGUACAUAGACAGCUGUGCUAAGUGUGAUGCUUCAAAAAAUGAGUAUUUGAAAUAUGAAGGAAGUAUGCAGGGAAACCUCAGACCGUGUGAAUGUCAUUUGCUGAAGACUGAGGCAAGGCAAGUAGACUCUCAGGCCCACAGAACAACUGUCUUCCAUACUUGCACACCAAAGAACAAUGAAGUGACUUAUGUCAAGGUGAGCAACAGGAAAUAUCAACCAGCAUUGGAAAUAUCAACCAGCAGUAAGGAAAUCUCGGCAUUGUUCAAUGAUGAUCUGAUAGAUUUGACAGAUGUUCCAGCAAUUCAAAGGAAUGAUUACACCAACACAGUAAAGGAAGGUCAACCCAUGAGAAAUAGUUCCCCAAGUCAAGGGUGUUAUCACAGUCCUUACAGAUACCCAGUUGUUACUUUAGGGCCAGAUAACAGCACAGCACAGCAAGAUAAUGCUGAAAAGAUGAAAUGUCAGGGAUGCCCAUGUUCUUGUAAAGCUAUUAGUUUAGAGAAAACCGCUGGCAUUUCAAUGUGCUCCAAGCCUUCCAGUCUGUGUGAUGUGACAUUGCCACCACAUGUCACAUCAUCUCCAGCAUCAGAAAAUGUCUUUGAUGCCAAACAGCACACAUCGCUUAUUCCUGAUAAAGUUAAGUCACAAAAAGGCUCCCUGCUGAAUUUUAAGAAUCUCUUCUCAGCUACUUUUCCAGCAAGAUUUAAGAGAGAGAGUGAUGAAAGGCAGGAGCAACUUCAGAAGGUGAAACAAUAUGAACUUGAAUUUCUUGAAGAAUUACUCAAGCCCAAAACCAAAGUUGACGUAUUAGCAGAAGAUUAUGUUUAUCGCAAAGGAUCUGGACAUUGCCCUUGUCAAAUCAAAAGUAGUCCAGUUGGGAAUAUUCCCGGUUUAUCCAGGGAACGACGUCGUAGCUGUGACUGUAAACGUCGAAGUUUGGCUUGUGACUCGAUGUGUUUUCAAUCAAUCCCCAGUACUCUAGAUUCACAAAGAGCAGAUCGAGGCAAAGGCGCUUUUGUUCACAAGCAGCCUAAAACCAACGUUGCCCCACCUGCACUAAAUAUCAGUACCAAACAAAAAGCCGCUCGUAGACGGACCUCAAGUCUCGAGUCCAGCGAUAAUAGAUCUGAACAGCAGCCUGGUGUGCUUUGCAUGAUGGCACAUGGUGAUUGUCUGAAAGUGCCACAUGGCAAAAAAUUGGAGCGGCACCAAAGUGCCACCAACAUCGUCCCUGAGGCAGAAAUAAGUGAAAUAACUUCACAAGGUUCAGAGAACAGUACCUACAGUAUGGCUACAUUCAAGACAGAAGAAACUAAGAAAGAAAAAGGGAUAGAAUUUACGAGAAGAGGCCUUAAAAACCAGUGCCAGGAGCCAGCCCAGCUUGACGAUCCAUCUUGUGUACAAAUUUCCAACACAGACAAACAACAAAGAUCCCCGGCUAUUUUCUCUAUUCAGAGAGAAUUCAAACCAUCAAAGUCAGUGCCACUUCUGAAAGAGGACAUGGCCAGCAACAACCGAUGCUGUUCCUUUAAGUAUUGCUUUUAUUAUAGAAAUUGUGAUGUUGCCGAUGACAGUAGUGAAAAGGACGAACUUUCGUAUUCAGUACCAAUGCAGCUUCUUCCUGACUUGAGGUCUGACAGUUCAGUGACACUCAGUGAAACGUUAGCUAAAACUGUUCAAACAUUAGACAGAAAUGUUUCCAAUGGUGGUGAGGACAAUGUACAGCAGGAAGCAAUGUCGAAUGAUAUGGGACUUGAUAACAGCUUAACAAGAAUAAAUGCUCUGCAGAAUAGUGUGUACACAUUACCUGAAGGCUUUAUUGCUGCUCAGAAAGACACUAGUGAACUGUUAUGCAUCUUAAGGCAAUGCACAGCAAAUCGUGGAAAUCAUGAUCCAAAACUUUACAUUUCACAUCUGGAUGAGUACAAACAGUCACUCACACUUAAGUUUAAAGAGCUGCGAACUGCAUGUAAAAGAGUGGCAGCAGUAGACAAAAGCCCAUCACGCAUGCUUUCAGCUAUCUCAACUAGCUUUCAAGUAUUAUGUGGCCUCAUUGAGGCUUUUGUGCACUUGGUUUAUAUUGUGCGGUCAGAAAGGCAAUGCAGAGAACUCCUCUCUAAAGUGGAAGAAGUGGUGAUCAAUUACACGUUUUUACUCCGAGCAGCAGAAGAAUCAUCAAGUAAGACAUCUGCUCAUCAUUUGUCAAAGCAGUCAACUUCUGUAACUACAGUAGUCAACACAUUUACUCGUUCAAUUAAAACAUUGAUGAACAAAUAACUUCAUGAAGCCAUGCACUCAAGCACCAUCUUUUGUGUACUACUUACCAAAAACUUUAAACAGACUCCAGUGUCCUGUGCUUGGUAGUCAUUUAUGUGAACAGUAUUUUAUCUGUUUCUCUCCUGCUUUGUUCCCACAUUAUCUGUUCUUGAAAUGCUAAAUGUAUGUGGUAAGUCUUUCUCCUAAAUCAAACUAGAUCUGUAACUCCACCUUACCACUGUAUAGGGCAAAGCUGCCUUUCAUUUCUGAGUCCAACCCUUUCCUCAAUUCUUGUAUCAAAAUUGUUUAUUAUUCUCAGAUAUUUCUACAGUAGCAGAACCAUCCAAAUCCAGAUUCAGAAGAAUUAUUAGGAAGAGAACAUUUGGCAGGGUUGGAUGUAAGAAGAGUUGUUUAGACUGCCUAAAACUAUAAAAAGCUAAGAGACUAAGAGACACCAUUUUUCCAACAGCUAUACUAUAGAAAAAUACCCAAAACAUAUGUACUGGCUGUAAGUUUGUUACUGAACUAAAACUAUUCUUGCAAUGAAAGAUUAUUAUUGAUAGAGAUCUGAAGCUUUAAUGAUAAUGCAACUGAAAGCAUGAAUUUUGAUAGGCCAAGUAACCAUAAGACACGUAUGUGUUGGUCUCAGGAGAGGACCCUUCAAAGGUAUUACAGCAUUUCAAAAGUAAGAUAUGGAAAGAAGCCACUGUGACCCUAUACCCCAUCAUUGGACCUUUAUUCAAGUGAGUUGUUGGUAUUGUAGCAGGUUGGUAGCUACUGUGAAUCUUCUUUUGUGCUACACGCUAGUAUUUAUUCAUUAUCUAGCUCAUUUGGAUAAGCGCAUCACUAAUCCAGACAUAAUUCAGUUCCUACCACAAUUCAUUUCAAUAACUCAUACUUCGUCCUUUUCAUUUUCCAUAUACUGAGAUCCAGUGGACACUUUUAAUUUAUGAGCCUGCAGUGAAAACUAAUAUAUUAAAUUCCUUUUUAUUCAUUCCUCGUGUAAAAUUGAGUUGAAGAUGUCCCUUUCCCACAGGAAAAGGUUAACUGAUUCUCUCAUCAAAAAUACUAAUUAUCGAGAUCAUUCGGAAAGUUGAUGGAAUAACAUUUGCCUCGGGUGGUAAUGCAAAAUGAGUAUUAUUGCAUUGAUUGCCUACCAUUAAGGUACAAAACAGGCACCCAUAUUCAGUUCCAUUAUAAUCAAUGGAAUUAAGUUUCAAGUCAUGCUUGUAAUAGCUGAUAUUUUGUGCUGCUGCCCAAGGUGUAGUGUCAGUCCUAAAAUUUCCUGGCUUGGUUUGGACUGAACUGCUGAAUAAAUAUAUUUUGGUACAAAGAUUUCUAACACAACAAUUUUAAUGUAUAAUUUUAAUGCAAUUAUGACAUUUCUUGGCAAGCUCUUCAUAGGGAAGAAAUCCUUCAUUGUUUGUUUUACACCCAUUGUACAGGACCGUUGUAGGAUUUUGUUUUUUUUUAAAGAUAUUCAGAUGGAAGUCAUUUCUUCUACAUUUCUACUUUUAAAAUGGUUCCUUUAAAGUUCUCGUACUUUUUGGGCCUUCCCACAAUAAACCUUUUUGUUGCCAUUGCAUUUUUUUUUUUUACCUUACAAUGUGAGAUAAUGGUUUAACAAAUCAAAAUCAGCUUUUUUUGCACUUGCAGUGAAUUCUGCUGAGUUAUACGAGGUCAGAAACGAUGUAGUUGAGGAUUUCCUGGCACUGAAGAAUCUAGAGAUCGUUGAACAAUGAUUUCUAAAUCUGGAAACACUUUAAAGUUUGUGUUGUUAUUCUUCCUUUAUAGUACCUGACUUUUUUUCUUGCCAGAUUACCAGCCAAUUUUCAGACCUCGUUUUGCCAGUUUCUCAGGAAAAGAUAUGACAUUCCUCAUGAACGAGACUUCAAUUGUUUUGUUUUUAUCAAUAACAACAGAAGGCUUACUUCAAAAUUUCAUGUUUUAUAUUUUUAUACAGAUAGAGCAUUAUAUUGGCAAAAUGUUAGACUGUGACAAUGUUGUACAGGAGCUAUUGACCAAUGACAGGUCAUUGUGGACGCAUGAUAAAAUAUUUUCAUCAGUGAUAUGAAUGAGUUUCUGGGAAAACCAAAAUAGAUUAGUGAAGAUGUGGGUAACAAUGGAUGACAUUAGGUGCGCAGUAUAAUUUAGCAUGACAACCAACUUAGUUAUAAUUAAUUACAGAAACAGAUGCAGCUGCCAAAAUAUUCUCAAUAACUAAAAAGCACCCAAUUAUUCCAAGCAAAUAACGACAGAAAACUCUUCUAAACCCAAAAUAAAAACUCAACUUCCAAUUUUUAACACAUUCUUACAUGCUAAUGUCACAAUGGAGGAUCGACCCCAUUGGAUAGAACAAAGGAAAUUCCAAUUCCCCAUUACAAGGGUGGGGUCUUUGCACCAUGUAUCACUGGACUAGCCUAUGAAAGUGUUUUUUCAAUUUGUUCUAGGCUGAAUGGGAUCAAGCAUUUCCAAUGCCAGCAGUAAAGAACCA